AUGGCGUUCUUAAAUCGCCGACAAUUAUCUAGCUCUCCAAUGCUAUCUUUCGUGGUCCUCCCCUUCCUCAUAUUUCUCCUCAGUUUUGCUGGGCCAGCCUCGGCCGCCGGAUCGGCCGUUCUGGGCAUCGAUAUCGGCACCGAAUAUUUCAAGGCAGCCCUCGUGAAACCCGGCAUCCCCCUCGAGAUCGUCCUCACAAAAGAUUCAAAGCGCAAGGAGUCCGCUGCUAUCGCAUUUAAGCCUACAAGAGAGAGUGAUGCGUCUUUCCCCGAACGUUUUUAUGGUGGUGAUGCGCUCGCCUUUGCGGCUCGGUACCCGGACGAUGUCUACAUCAACUUGAAGACGCUUUUGGGCGUUUCAUUUAACGAUGGAGAUGAUGAGGCAGUCAAGACCUAUUGGAACCGGUUCCCUGCUUUGAAAUUGGAGACCGCCCCCGAGGGUCGUGGCUCUGUCGCUCUCCGCAGCAACCGGUUGGGAGAGGCACAGAAGAAAGAGGCCUUCUUGGUGGAGGAGAUUCUGGCUAUGCAGUUGAAGCAGAUCAAGGCCAAUGCUGAUACUUUGGCCGGAAAAGGAUCCGAUGUCCGUGAUGUGGUCAUUACAUACCCUGUGUUCUACACCGCGGAGGAAAAGCGCAGCCUUGAAUUGGCGGCUGAGCUGGCGGGUCUGAAGAUCCAAGCGCUUGUCAGUGAUGGGUUAGCUGUUGGCUUGAAUUACGCAACCAGCCGCACUUUCCCCAGCGUUUCCGAUGGCGAGAAGCCCGAAUACCACAUUGUCUACGACAUGGGUGCCGGAUCUACCACCGCAAGUGUUUUGCGGUUCCAGAGCCGUAAGGUCAAGGAUAUUGGCAAGUUCAACAAGACUAUCCAGGAAGUUCACGUCGUCGGAUCUGGCUGGGACAAGUCACUCGGAGGUGACUCCCUGAACGAUCUUAUUGUCAACGAUAUGAUCGCCCACUUGGUUGAGGACAAGAAGCUCAAGGGCAAGGUGACCGCUGCUGAAGUUAAGGCGCAUGGAAAGACCAUGUCUAGACUCUGGAAGGAUUCGGAGAAGCUCCGACAGGUUCUGAGCGCUAACACCGAAACUUCGACAAGCUUUGAGGGACUGUAUGACGAGAAUGUUAACUUCAAGUACAAGUUGAGCCGUGCCAACUUUGAGAAGAUGGCUGCUGAGCACGUCGCUCGCAUCGGAACACCGGUUGAGCAGGCUCUGACAGCUGCUGGCCUUCAGUUGAACGAUAUUGAAUCCAUUGUGCUCCACGGUGGCGCCAUUCGGACUCCAUUCGUUCAAAAGCAAUUGGAAACCCUUGCUGGCUCUUCUAAGAAGAUCAGAACCAACGUCAACGCCGAUGAGGCGGCUGUCUUUGGUGCUGCCUUCAAGGGAGCUGCCCUGAGCCCCAGCUUCCGUGUCAAGGACAUUCGCGCUGGUGACGCCGCUUCAUACCCCAUCUCCUUGAAGUGGACCUCUGAUGGGAAGCAAAGAAACCAGAAGCUGUUCACCGCCACUUCCCAGGUUGGUCCCGAAAAGCAGGUCACUGUGAAGAACCUGGAGGAUUUCGAAUUUAGCUUCGCUCAGCAGGUUGGCCAAAGUGAAGAACAGCCUAUCCUUAGUGUCCAGACCCAAAACCUCACCGCAUCUGUCGCCAAACUGAAGGAUACCUUUGGCUGCACUAAUGCGAACAUUACUACCAAAUUUACUAUCCGCCUUAGCCCUGUGAACGGUCUUCCCGAGGUCAUGGCUGGUACUGUCAGCUGUGAGGUUGAAUCUGAGAAGAAGGGGAUUGUGGAAGAUGUCAAGGGCUUCUUCGGUCUUGGCAAGAAGGAUGAGCAGGAGCCGCUGGGCGAAGAUGGCGAGCCUCGUGAAUCGAUCACCCUCGAGCCUGAGACAGAGUCCUCUACUGCCUCUUCUGCCAGCUCCAAGACCACCACUACAUCUACCAAGGAUGCAAAGGCUACACCCCAGGUCAAAUUGGAAGUUAUCCCGAUUAGCUUGAAGUCUGUGGCUCUCGGAACUCCAGCGCCAUCAGCCGCAGAACUCAGCCGUAUCAACACCCGCCUUGUGGCCUUUGAUAGAUCAGACCGUGAUCGUUUCCUGCGCGAGGAGGCUCUUAAUGAACUAGAGUCCUUCAUCUACCGUAGCCGAGACCUCACAGAUAACGAGGAGUUCGUUAAGGCGCUCAAGCCGGAUCAACUGACCGUUCUUUCCGAGAUGGUUUCAGAGGCUGGUGACUGGCUAUCUGACGAAAGCGACAACGCUAAGACUGCCGAUUUCCAGUCGAAGCUCAAGGAGCUGAAGGCUAUCGUCAGCCCUGCACUAAAGCGGAUGAAGGAAAGCUCUUCUCGCCCAGCACGUGUACAGCUGCUUCAGGACAUGCUCAAGAACGCCGAGUCAAUGAAGGAAUUGAUCAAGAACCAGAUCGAAAACGACGAGCAGAUCUACUCAUCUUCCAUUUCAGCCUCAAGCGCCUCCUCCACCUCAACAGAAUCUGAGACAAGCUCAUCGACCCCGGCCCCGUCUGCUUCGGACGAAGGCCUCAAUGAUCUCGACGAAGAUCCCUACUCCACUUCUUCGUCUUCAACCACCUCGACCAAGAGUGCUGUGACGGCGAAGCCUACAGGCCCCAAGUACACCCUCUUUACGCCCGCCGAUCUCACAGCCAUCACCCAGGCCUAUGAGUCCACCCAGCCCUGGCUGGAAACCCAGUUGGGUCUGCAAGAGCAGCUUACCGAGUCUGAUGACCCAGCUCUGACCGUUGUGGAGGUUGACUCACGGCUACGCGAGUUCGAGCGCAUCCUCAACCGCAUGUACGAGAGAAUGACUGCCGCCGCUGGACAACAGAAGAAGAGCAGCAAUGGCAAGAAGGGAUCGAAGGAUAAGAAGCCCGAGGCCGAGAAGAAGAAAGACAAGGGCCAGGAUAAGCCCAAGAAGGAGAACGGAGAUCUUCCUAAAGAUGAGCUGUAA